CUGGAAGAGUUUGGGUAGCGCGACUACUGCUAGUGCACUUCGCGUGCGGCUCAGACGUCCGAAAGCAGCCUACACAUUUGACGCCUAGACAGUCGGAGACCAAGCGCCGUCGCGAUGGGAUAUUUGCAUAUUUUGGCAUUAUGCUUGCUUGUGCCUCACUUUAAUGCUGUGGAACUCAGUGGAAUGUAUGGCUCAAUCCAGUCUCCCAAUUUCCCAGAUUCUUACCCUAGAGAUUCUGACAUCUCCUGGAAUAUCUCUGUCCCAGAUGGAUUUAAAAUCAAGUUGUACUUCAUGCAUUUUGAUUUAGAGCCAUCUUACCUCUGUGAAUAUGAUUACGUGAAGAUUGAAGCAGAACAGGAACAGCUGGCUAGAUUUUGUGGCCGAGAAGACACAGACACUGAACAAGUCCCUGGAGAGCAAGCCAUUGUGUCACCCAAAAGCAGUCUGGCAAUAACAUUUAAAUCUGAUUUCUCAAAUGAAGAGCGUUUUACUGGAUUUGAGGCCCAUUUUACAGCUAUAGAUGUUGAUGAAUGCAAAGAAAGGAAUGAUGAAGAACUGGCCUGUGAUCACUACUGCCACAAUUAUAUCGGAGGUUACUACUGCUCGUGUAGGUUUGGCUAUCUGCUGCACUCUGACAACAGGACUUGUCGAGUGGAAUGCAGUGACAACAUAUUCAUUGAACAGAGUGGCAUCAUCACCAGUUCAGACUUUCCUAACCCUUACCCCAAAAGCUCAGACUGCCUAUACAGGAUUGAACUGGAAGAAGGAUUUAUUAUAAACCUGGAGUUUGAUGACAGUUUUGAUAUUGAGGACCACCCAGAAGUAACUUGUCCUUAUGAUUAUUUAAAGAUAAAGGCUGGCCAGAAUGAGUUUGGUCCUUUUUGUGGAGAUCAGUCACCUGGAAAGAUUGAGAUGGGGAGUAACAGGGUACAGAUUCUAUUCCACAGUGAUAACUCAGGAGACAAUGGGGGAUGGAAGUUGACAUACUCAGCAGUGGGCACACCAUGUCCAGUCCCAAAGCCACCUGAAAAUGGAAAAAUUGUUCCUGCAUUGGAUAAAUACUCCUUUAAAGAUCAAGUCCUCAUUACGUGUGAUCCUGGCUUUAGGAUUCUCAAGGAUGAUACAGAGGUUGACAAAUUCCAGAUAGGAUGUCUAAAAGAUGGUUCUUGGAGCAACAAUGUCCCAAUCUGUAAAAUUGUGGACUGCAAAAAUGCACCAGAUCUGCAGUUUGGAUCUGUCAUCUAUAACAGCCUUUCCAACCUCACAACAUACAGAUCAACUGUUCACUAUUCCUGUCAGAUUCCUCGCUAUCAGAUGUACCCUGCUAUUAAUGGUACAUAUAUAUGUGGAGAAAAAGGAUUUUGGAUUAAUGAUGAACUAGGAGCAAAGCUGCCUUCCUGCUUGCCAGUGUGCGGAACUCCUCAGUUCAGUCGGACUAAGGUACAGAGAAUUUCAAAUGGAAAUUUUGUUGCUAGAGGUGUAUCCCCAUGGAUUGCCAUGCUAUCAAAAAAUGGCUUACCAUUCUGCGGAGGCUCCCUUGUUGGUAACAAAUGGAUUGUCACAGCUGCCCACUGUCUUCAUGAUCCGCUGGAUUCUGAAAACUCAGUUGUUCGAAGUUCAGAUCUUUUUACUCCAGGAUCUUUCCAGAUUAUCCUGGGAAAACACAGAACAAGAAGUAGAGAUGACACUGAGCAGGUGUUUCACUACAAGACUUCUAUUCUACAUCCUCAGUACAAAGCUAAUACACUUGAGUUUGAUGUUGGACUUCUUGAGCUCUCAGAACCAGCUGUUCUGAACAAUUAUAUCAUCCCUGUGUGUCUUCCAGAAGAAGCCUCGCAAUCUGAUUUGCAGGAUGGUGAUAUGGUGCUUGUCAGUGGCUGGGGAAAACAGUUUUUGCGUCGCCUACCUGAGUCCCUUAUGGAGAUCGAGAUUCCUAUAGUAAGUCAUGAAGUAUGUGAACAAGGCUAUAGCAAGCUCAAUCGAAGAAUCUCAGAGGACAUGCUGUGUGCAGGAGAGAAAGAAGGAGGCAAAGAUGCAUGCCAAGGAGACUCAGGAGGGCCAAUGGUGACUCUAAACAAGAACAGUGGGAGGUGGUAUUUAGCAGGUGUUGUCUCAUGGGGAGAUGGCUGUGGAGCCAAUGACAGAUUUGGAGUUUACUCUAACAUUAUGAAGAGCCUCCAGUGGAUAAAGAAUUCAACUGGUGUUGAGCAUGUGUAGAAAGGAACAGCCUACCUAGGGGGCUUGACUGCAUUUUCUGGAUGUGUUUAAUUAUGCUUAUUUAGAAUGCAGUAAAAUUAAAACAGAAAAAAAUAAAGAUGUUGCCUUCAUUCUUCUAAAUACAGAUGUGAAGAGCUCCAUGGAGCUGUGAGCAUUGUAUUGUGAUCUACUUGGUGUCAUGAACAGCAGACAAGGAAUGGUGUUCAAAUUUGAAUUCUGUCUUUUUAGUGUUCAUAUAGGAUGACUUGGAAAUGGAGAUAGUGAAAGGGGGCAUACUUUGCAAAUACAUAGUCUUAAAGCAGGCUAAGUCAUCAAUCCCCAAAAAAGCAAACUAAUAACUAAGCCCAAAACAAAAAUCAAACAAGUCAUAUAAACAAACAGACGUCCAAAAAC